AUGAAUGGCACAGAGGGACCAAAUUUUUACGUCCCCUUCUCCAAUAAGACUGGCACGGUCCGGAGCCCUUUUGAGGAGCCUCAGUAUUAUCUGGCCGACCCAUGGCAGUUCUCCUGCCUGGCAGCUUAUAUGUUUAUGCUCAUUGUCUUGGGCUUCCCCAUCAACUUCCUCACCCUCUAUGUAACCAUUCAGCACAAGAAACUCCGAACACCCUUGAACUACAUCCUUCUGAACUUGGCGAUUGCUGACCUUUUCAUGGUAUUUGGUGGUUUCACGAUGACCCUUUAUACUUCCCUCCAUGGCUACUUUGUCUUUGGACCCACUGGCUGCAACUUGGAAGGCUUCUUCGCCACCUUAGGAGGUGAAAUAGCCCUCUGGUCCUUGGUGGUUUUGGCCAUUGAGAGAUAUGUUGUGGUCUGCAAGCCAAUGAGCAACUUCAGGUUUGGGGAGAACCAUGCCAUCAUCGGGGUUGCCUUCACUUGGGUCAUGGCUUUGGCUUGUGCUUUUCCACCUUUAAUUGGCUGGUCCAGGUUAGUGGCAUUGGGAUUUUUCUGCAGGUACAUUCCAGAGGGAAUGCAAUGCUCAUGUGGAAUUGACUAUUAUACCCUCAAGCCUGAAGUCAACAAUGAAUCCUUUGUCAUCUACAUGUUUGUGGUUCACUUCACCAUUCCCUUGAUUGUCAUUUUCUUUUGCUACGGUCAACUGGUCUUCACAGUCAAAGAGGCUGCAGCCCAGCAGCAAGAGUCUGCUACCACCCAGAAGGCUGAGAAGGAAGUCACCCGUAUGGUCAUCAUCAUGGUCAUCGCCUUCCUGAUUUGUUGGUUGCCCUAUGCUGGCGUGGCUUUUUAUAUCUUCACUCACCAGGGAUCCAACUUUGGCCCCAUCUUCAUGACCAUCCCGGCUUUCUUUGCCAAGUCUUCAUCCGUUUACAACCCUGUCAUCUACAUCAUGAUGAAUAAGCAGUUCCGAACCUGCAUGAUCACCACUCUCUGCUGUGGCAAGAAUCCACUGGGUGAUGACGAGGCCUCUGCCACAGCCUCCAAGACGGAGACCAGCCAGGUGGCUCCUGCAUAAGCUCUGAGAAGGGCUCCAUCCACACCUAGCACACCAGGCUCCCCAAAGGCUGCCAACAGCCUGCCUCUAGGAAUGCCACCCCCUGCCCCCUAACUCCUGAUCCAUAGUCACCCACUGAGAAUGAUUGGACAGCAUUAGGACUGGCAUCUGGCCAUCAGAAGGAGGCUGUACCUAGCACCCAAAUUUUGAAACAAAAGGAAAAAACUAAAUCAAUCAGCCUCUGCUAAUUCCCCAAUUUUCAAAGCCAUCCAGAUACUUUCUGUAUGCUCUGAAUGCUGCAGAGACCAGGACCACUUUUUGAGAACUGAUCCCAGAGUCCAUGGCUCCAAGAGGUGGAUGCGAUCUGGAACCCUUUAGGGGGCCUGAGCCCAUUCACCCCAAUGCAACAAUGAACUCUUACUCUCAGGAAAAUGACCCAGCUUAGAGAUGAGCGCCUAGCACAAGGCUGGGCAAUCAGUGUGUGCUUAAUUAAUGCUUGUUGAACAAAUGACUGACUGACUGACUGACUGACUGACUGACUGACUGAAUGAAUGAAUGAAUGAAUGGAGGAAUGAACGAAUGCAUGAGAAUGAAUGAAUGUUAGUGAAUGAACAAGUGAACGAAUGGAGAGCCUGAGAAGUCUAACGGCUCUCACGAAAUGACACGUGAUGAUUUUGGAUAUGGCGGCAUUGACAAAUCAGAAAUAUUCCCUCUUCCAUCUUUCUGAGAUUGCUCAUUUUGAGACAGGGGGAAGACCAAGGGAGCUGAGAUGAUACAACAUCACUCACCCCGAUACGUUUUUUUAAGUGAUCUCCGGGAGAUUUAGGACAAACUAAAAUGGUCCUCCCUGGCUUCCCUUUCUUUAGCUUCUUUGGUCCCUGGUCACCAGGGCCGGACAGCUCUUCAUUCAAAGAGAGUCUCAAACAGGUAGGUCUCUGGGCCAGGACACUGGGCAAAGCAGGGAAUUUAGUAGGUAUUCUCAUUGCACCUUAAAGAACUAGGCGCUGCUUUCUGGGCUUAAAGAACAACGAAAACCAAAGGACAGGACAAGGGACAUGGUGGAGAAAAGUCACUGGGGCCUGGAGGAUGUGGUCAGGCCUAGGCUAUUCCUCCAGGUUUUUUCUGACUCCUUCUCCCUCUUCUCAGUCUUCGGAAACCCAGAGACCUUCCAAGGCCAUAGCCCAAGUGAGAAAAUAUUUUCUGUUUGUUUUUGCUUUUGUGAAAUACUUUACUCUCUCCUUUGCAAUUGACUCCAGCUUCCCAACGAUCCAUAGGGAACUUCUAGAAGCCAGAUAAGUUCAGUAUUUAGUAAAGGGUAAUAUUGCAAAUAAAACUCUUUUCACAAGUUAACUGAAUAAGUGGAUUAAUGGAGAUUGAAAGAGCUUUGGAACUCAAGGCCAGCUGAUUCACUCUGAUUGAUUCAUCUGCUUGGGAUUCUCAAAGUCUUCAUUUUUUUCUUUCUUUUUUUUUUUAGUGGGGAGGGGGAAGACAGGCUUCAGCUAGAGCACAUUUUUCUCUGCAGACUUGGUCUCAUCCUUGAAGGGUCCCAAACAUGGGGAGUUCCAAGGUUCUCUGGCCAGAUAUAGGAGGGAAUUCUGGGAAUGUAGAUCACUGGGCAAAUGAGGACAGUACUUGAGGGUGGUCUUAGUGGGCUCCCACUUAUCCACCUCAUGGCUGCCUCUAUGUCACCACUGAGGUUUCAUUUGGUGAAUGUUCAUGGCUGAUUUCGCUUCCAUUUGGCUACUGUUGUUCCCAGAAGAAAACAAAAAGAUGUAUUUGAGCAUUAAAAAGGACUCUUCCAUGUUUCCAAAAUGUCUGGUGGUGUUUUCUCUGCCCCCCUUCACCUCUAAACUAUUUAUCCACAGAGGAAGUCUGAAACCAGCAGUUACCAUCACUUGGCUAACCAUGGAUGCUGACCUCAAGGCUUCCUUCAUCAUCUCCUGGGGCUGGACCAUUGCCUGUGGUAACACAGUUGGUGUUUGGCCAGUCAUGCUGGCCUCAAGUGGAGUGGUCCAGUGGGUAGCAGACCAGCAAACCCUGAAUGGAUAGCUCCAACUGCUGGGCUGGGACGGAGAAACCCUGGGGGUUGGGGCACAUAGCGGUUAUCCUCAGAUACUAGAAAGGCUUUGUGAAAAAGAGAUUCAACUUGGUCUCUGCUGUUCCAGAGGAGA